AUCUCGGCCGGAGCUGUGACUGUGCCUGACAGGUGGUGAGCAUCCUGUCACUGGGAGGAUCCAAGCAGGACUGCCAUGGAGGAAAGUUCAUACGCAGAGGUUUUCGAGUUUCACAGAAGUCAGCGGCAGUGCUGCAAGCUGGGGAUGCAGAUAGCGCUGUUGGGGCUGGUGACGGCCGCGCUGUGGGCCGGUCUGCUCACCUUGCUUCUCCUGUGGCACUGGGACACUGUACAGAAUCUGAAACACCUGGAAGAGACCGCUGCCCGGAAUGUCUCUCAGGUUUCCGAGGCCUUAGAAAAUCACAAGGGUGACCAGAUGGCCCAGAAAUCCCAGGCUGCCCAGAUGUCACAGGACAUGGAGAAAAUUCAAGCAGAGCAGAAAAGAAUGAAAGCUCAGGACUCUGAGCUCUCCCAGAAUCUGGAUGGACUUCUUGAAGACCUGAGCAACCUCAAGUCCCAGGGCUUGAAUGAGAGACGCACAGCCUUGAAUUCAUUGGAAAGACUCCAGGAGGAGGUGGCAAAGCUGUGGAUAGAGCUUCGAGUGUCCAACGGCUCCACGUGUAACAUGUGCCCCGAGAAGUGGGUCAAUUUUCAACACAAGUGCUACUACUUCGGCAAGGGUGCCAAGAGGUGGAUCCAGGCACGGGAGGCCUGCAGCAAACUCCAAGGGCGGCUGGUCAGCAUCCACAGUCAAGAGGAACAGGAUUUCCUGGCCAAAUACAUCAACAGGCAGGGCUCCUGGAUUGGCCUUCGGGACCUGAACAUAGAGGGGGAGUUUGUGUGGAUGGACCAGAAACCGCUGAACUAUAGCAACUGGCGGCCCGGGGAGCCCAACAACGGGGACCAGGGCGAGGACUGUGUGAUGAUGCUGGGCUUUGGGCAGUGGAACGAUGCCUUCUGCAACAACUACCUGGACGGCUGGGUGUGUGACCGGCUGGCCACGUGCUGAGUGCCCACCUGCCCCCUCAGUCCAAGACAUAGAUCCUGACAGCCCCCUUCCUGCCAGCCAGGUUCACCCCUCUUUGUCUCUCCCCCACCUCAAAUAUGGUAAUGGUCAGGCCCAGAAUGGGACCCUGAGGACCCCCGACCAGAGCCUGGGUGCCUCUUUUGUGGCUGAAGUGUCUUGGUGACAUUGUUUCCUGCCCAAAGGCAGCUGACCUAUCCCUGGCUCUUGCCAACACCCCAGAGGACCUGUUUCUUGUCCCUCAGCCCAAACUCCCUGCUUUCAAGUGCUUAGAGUUCCCACCUCGAGAACCCCACCUGCCAACCUGAAUGCCGGCAGCACUCCCUACAGGGGAGCAAUCUGGUCCUGCAAUCUGGUCCCCGACCCCCAAGCAGAUCCAGAAAGCCACUCCCAGGUUCCCUGAGGACCUCAGGCUGCUACACCCUGCUACAUGCCUGCAGCCUAACUUUCCAGGGAGCGGCGGCAGCCACCCUGGACUCAUGUGCUUCCACACUGCCCCCUCCUCCCUGUCUGCUGGAGUCAGGAGCGGACCCUCCCUCAUCCUCCCCAGAUGCGGCCCGUGUCCUGGCACCGCAGGACCCACCCUGGCUCAUAUGGCUAGGCCUCCCUGCCAGCCUAGGACGACAACAGCCCCUCACCCCUCCUCAGAGGUCUCCAGGUGUGGAAGGUGGGAGCUGGGAGUCCCAGAGCCUGGUGCCUGAGGCCACCUUUGAGUAUCAGGAACAAUUAACUGAAGUGGCAUUUGUGCCUCUCCACCUUUUUUCCCCCCUACUUCUUUACAAGAAGCAUUCACUAGGCAGAGCUAGAGAUGGAGACUCUGGGUCUAGUGAGCGGAGAAUCCCAGGAGUAUUGCAGGGCAAAGCAGUGGAUAGCCCUGAGCCUAGUUCCCCAGCCCGGGCUGCUGGGGAAAGAGCCUGAAUGACCACAGACGAAGUGGUCAGAAUGGGCCCAGUACACAGAAGGCACUCAGUGCUAGCAGAAUGCAGAGACCGAUGGGGAGGUGGCCUGGUCACCUGGCAGCCAGUUCAGAUCGAGGUCCCGGCACCACUCCCACUUAGGGUCCGGGUGGCUGAGGCAGCACCAGCCCUGGGCUUGGCCAAGGUCAGCUCUACAUCUGAGACAGGAGGGAGGCAGGCCAGGAUCUUAGGACAUCCCACCCUCAAUACCGGGCCUAGAGAAGAGCGAGACGUGAUCACGUGAUUCUCAGGUCCCCUGGGGAGGAGGGGCUCCAUAGGCAGAUGCCCACGCUGGACCACCUGGGAUCCCAGGAGUAGAGGCCAGCCACAGCGCAAGCGAGGGGGGGUGGGUUGAGGAAGGUGCUAUAGUGGCACCUGGGAGUCCUGGGGUUCAGGACAAGGUGGGGACAGAGCUGGGCCCUUGGAGUGAAACCCAGGUUGGAAUCCCAGAUCUUGUUAUCUCUACCUACUGCCCACCCCAGAUUUAUCUCCCCCAGAAACCUCCUCAGCACUCUGGGCCUCUCGUUUACCUAGCUCACCACGUGAGGAAUACAUAGCUCCACUCUACCAGUCCCUCAGGCCAACAUU